AUGUUUCGAUGCGUUUUAAAAUCCGGUGUAUUUCGAAACAGGAUACUUCCUUUGGUGAGACAGUUGCAUUUAAACCACAUUAAUCUAGCGCAACAAUCCAUUGCUUCGGAAUCGACGGAAUUGAACAGUACAGAUGAAGUCUACAACAAGUGGAAAGAUAAGAUUGUUUAUAGUUCGUUUAUCGACAACAACACGAUCAAAAUGGGCUACAAACAGAAUAAAAUCAUGGAAUCCAGAUUAAAACAGCUGCAAACUAGCGACCUGAGAAAGUCUUGCGACAUCAGGCCGUUUUCGGUAGCUAUGAAGCAACUGAAAGCGGAACAAUUCAAUGAGCUGUACGACAAGCGAAGCGAAUGUUACGAUGAUGUCGGCAGCAGUUCAUCGGUCAUUCAAAUGCCUUACAAACAAAUCAAUCGUAAAGUGCCGAAAAGUGAUGAAACGGUAACAGAAUGGGAAGGUAAGGCUCUUACUGGUGAAUGGAUGUCGGAUUAUGAGUAUUACGAUGAGAAUGACGAGGACAGCAGAUCUUUUUAUGGCACCCCUGAUACAACCGUUCCGCCCUCGGCAAUACCAUGCGGGGGAUGUGGCGGAUUGCUACACUGCAUAGAACCUAGCAUUCCCGGCUAUUUGCCUAGUCAACUGUUUAAAGGAAAAUCGAAAGAGCAGUUACUGACGACAAUUUGCCAACGGUGUCAUUUUUUGAAACACUACAACAUUGCAAUCAAUGUGACGGUUUCUGCUGAUGACUACAUACAAAUGCUAUCAUCGAUAAAAUCAAAGAAAGCUCUAGCUAUUCUGAUGGUCGAUAUUUUGGAUUUCCCUUGCUCGAUAUGGCCCGGGCUGUCCGAAAUAUUGGGCCCUCAAAGACCUAUCAUAGUAGUGGGGAAUAAAAUCGACCUUUUACCGCAGGACUGUCCUGGCUAUCUGGAGAACGCACGGCAAUGUUUGACCCGGAGCAUCAUCGAGUCUGGAUUUGCAAGGAACAACAUCAAACACGUCUCCCUCAUAUCGGCCAGUACUGGAUACGGUGUAGAAGAAUUAAUUACGAAAAUUCACAAUGUUUGGGGAACCCGUGGAGAUGUCUAUCUGGUUGGAUGUACAAAUGUUGGAAAAAGCACACUUUUCAAUGCUCUACUUCGUUCUGAUUUGUGCAAGGUUCAAGCGACCGAUUUGGUUCAGAAAGCUACAGCUAGUCCAUGGCCAGGCACAACUAUACGAAUGCUAAAAUUCCCUAUCCUGCGUCCAUCAGAUUAUCGGCUAUACUUAAGAACGAAUCGACUGAAACAUGAACGGUAUCUGCAAAGGGCAAAUGCACAGUUGAGACGUGAACAGUCGAGAGGAUCUAAAGAUGUCAAGCACGCGACAUUAAUCGGCCACAUAGGUAGAACAUUUGAAAAAGAGCAAGAAGAAACAUUUGAUCAGUUUUCUUUGACGCAAAGAAGUGGAGCACCGACACCCAUUCUUACAUUGAACGAGAAGAGCGAAAAAUAUAUCAACUCCAAAUGGUGCUACGAUACGCCCGGUGUCGUCCAACCGGAUCAAAUACUGGAUCUGCUUACAACGGAGGAAAUCGUUCUUACCUCCUCGAAGCAGCUGAUACGACCAAGGGUGUACCUUCUUAAAAAAGGCAUGACGUUGUUCCUGGGCGGCUUGGGUCGCUUCGAUUUUGUCGAAGGUCCAGAUUCAAUACGUGCCAUCGUAUAUUCUGCACACACGCUUCCUACAGUUAUUUGUAACACAUCGGAUGCUUCUACGCUGUACAAGGCACUGCUUGGUUCGAAACUACUCGGUGUACCGUUUGGCAGCACGGAUCGGUUGGAAAAGUUUCCACCGCUGGAAUGCUUUCCGGACAUCCUCGUGCACGGUGAGCUGGAGAAGCAUACAACCGUUUGUGAUGUAUUACUAUCGUCCGCAGGAUGGAUUGGUGUGAACUUACCAAAGCAUAGCGAAGCUACUUUUCGUGCCUGGACACCUAAUAGGAGGGGAAUAUACGUUCGUCAACCCGCACUGCUGCCUAACGGGCUCGCCCUUAGAGGCAAACGAAUUCGAGGAUCGUUGGCUUACCGGCUCGGAGAAGGGUUCAAACACAGUUAG